GCCCCGCCCCAUCAUCUCUGACGUCACGGCCACGCCCCCUCGUAACGGCGGCCGUUGCUCGGCACCUGGGGCGGCCUGGACUAACGGCCCUCGGCUGGCCGAGGCCGCGAGGAGCUUAGUUCUCCAGCAGCACGAUCGGCCUCCGGCCUCUCGGGUCCCUAGGGCGUGAGCGACCAUGUUGGGGCUGGUUUCUGGAGGAGGGCGGGGCUGAGGGAGGGAGGAGGGGAAGGAGGGCCGAGUUGCCCUAGGGAUGAAGGAGGCUCGGUUGCAGACAGCGGAAGGAGAGCCCCGACGCCCCAAGUCCCGGCACAGGUGCCACGCCAAGGAGCGGCCUAAUGCCCCGCCCAAAACCCGAGCCAAAGCGCGCCGCCAGGGCAGGACUGGCCACCGUUCCACGCUGCUCUUCUACUGGAGGAAGCAAAAGAAGGAGCCUGGCUCAGGCCGGCCGGAGAAUGAGGCGCCCGGGGCCAGCUCGGAGAAUACCAAGGCGGGGGCGGGGCUGUGCCCGGAGGCCGGGGCGGUCUCGAAGGCGGGGCUGGGGCUGAAGCUGGGGAUGGGGCUGGCGUGGAAGCUGAGGGAGGCCGCCCGCCUGCGCGCCUACAAGGCCGCCUAUCCCAGAAUUCCUUGGGUGACCAAGAUGGCGGCGCCCGGCGAAGGUCGGCGUUUCUCGCCCGCCAGCUUCUUUUCCUUCCUGCCGGGCGGCGCGCGGGCCCACGAGGCCAAGGAGGAAGCGGCGACAGAGACGGCUGGGGCCGUGGGGGAGGCCGCCGCGCGGAAGCGUCCCUGCCGGGCCUGCGUCGACUUCAAGACGUGGAUGAAGACGCAGAAGGCGCGGGAGAACUCGGAAAGCGAGACUCCGGUCGCGUUGGAAAACAAGUUGCCAGCUGAUUGCCCUCUGGAUCGGGAGGAGCUGGGGCGAAACAGUUGGGCUUUCUUACACACAAUGGCUGCGUAUUAUCCUGACUGCCCUACCUUAGACCAGCAGGAAGAAAUGGCCCAGUUUAUACAUCUAUUUUCCAAGUUUUUCCCAUGUGAUGAGUGUGCUGAAGAUAUAAGGAGAAGGUUGAGCAGAAACCAGCCAGACACCAGCAGUCGGAGCAGGUUCACCCAGUGGCUCUGCCGCCUACACAACGAGGUGAACUUGAAGCUAGGGAAGCCUGCGUUUGACUGUGCUCGUGUGGAUGAGCGAUGGCGGGAUGGCUGGAAGGACGGCUCUUGUGAUUAGAGUGGCAGGCCCCCGGGGGAGGAAGGCAUAAACCAGAUUGUAGCAUCCUCCCUCAGGGCUUGCUCUGUGUGAGAUUAUUAAAGGGCAAUGCAGUGAGUGUUGCUGUCAGUGUCUUGGCUGACAAUGUCUGUGAGCUUCAUGGGCUGACAGGUUUCUGAGGAACCUCAUUCCCCAAGUUAUUUCUUCCUCUUUGGUUUAGGAAUGAACAGUCCUUUAUUUCCCCCUCUCUACUGAGUCUGGUCUGCUGCUGCCAAUGGUCAGUGGCAGUCCAUACCCAAGAGCCUGGCUGGGGUUUGUAAUAACUUCUAAUAAGCAGAGCCUCUUCCCCUCUAUUGUUCUCAUCCCCUGUCCCCCUCAAAUAGGGGCCACUAUAGACAUCUCUGGCCUUUUUGCCCUUGCGUCUUCUAGCCAUGUCUGCAGCAGGGCCCCCGGGGGGACUCUGGGUUGGGGUGAGUAUGGCUGGCCAGGAUCCUCAUCAAAGCCCUCAGCUGCCAGCCUCUGUAAGUGAAUUCCCUGGCCAAGCUCACACACAGCCUUCCUCAGUCUUUGUGUACCCACAACAGAGGAUGAUCUUGGGAGGGGUGCAGUGCCUGGCCUGAGAUACAACUCGGUUGUAGUUUGCUCUUUUGGAGAGAAACCUCAGGUGAAAAUGUCUCCAUUCUGUUUUUUGUUUUCUUCCUUAAACCAUUUCACAUUUUUCACGUCACGAUUCUCCUAGUGUGGUUCUCGUUAAAUGGCCUGCAGAGAGUUUGGCUGUCAUGGAGCUGAACAUGAUUUAUUUUCUGUAACAUGAUUAAGGUCUUUGUGUUUUGUAUGGGCUGGUGGGUACCAGGCUCAAUUCGGAUGUGUCCCCAAGGGCAAUCUCUCUCUGUGGUAGAGUCAAGAAUAAAAUCAAAAGUUGCUCUGAUUGAGGCUUCUGAAACUACUGGUGACAGUAGUUACAGCCUGGAUCAAGAGCUUUUUGCAGGGUGGGGUGGGGACACACACAUCAAGUUCCUUCCUGGUCUGCAGAUAUAGCUCUCUAUGUGUGGGGGGCAUAGAGGUUUUAGAUCAGUCUGGUGGCAGGGUCCUGGUUAAUAGGAGUUACCCUGAACAGUUGUUUCCCAGGAAUUGUUUUUUCUCUUACGCAGAGAGUGACUGCUGCUGUCAUUCAUCACAGGAAUUUUAGUCUUCCAUAAUCGUUUGACCUCCCAGCCCUGGCAAAGCCAGUCUGAUAAGGUCCUGAGUUGUGGCUGAGAUUGGGGCGAGAGUAGGACUGCCCCAGGCAGCAUGGGGGUCAUUGAUCCCAGCCCCAGCUGAAUACCUGAGAUCUGAGAAGUUAGCAGGAUAUUAUCUCAAGCCCCUCAAUCUGCUGUCAUCUGUCUUGACUAAAGAAUAAAUGCUUUAUUCUCUUUA